CGCAGUCGCAGUGUUACGGAUCUUGAUAAAAAUGGUGCGUUAGCGCGAGUUUCCGCGGAAAAAAAAUCAGAAGCAGUGGGACCUAGUGCGGCUGUUCGUCACUCGCUGUCGUUUCCUAAUAUGCUAAGUGCUUCAUCCUUGUUAUCAAUAAAAUCCUUCGGUUCUGUCCUCGAGAGGCUUGCUACGAUGCAGCUGUAACAAUACCACCGUUGUAGUGGACAAUCAUUCCGCCUCAUAGUAUGGCCUCGGUCGCCGCUUGGCUGCCCUUCGCACGGGCGGCGGCCAUCGGUUGGGUGCCCAUUGCAACUCACCCGCUACCGCCACCUCCCAUCCCUAAAGACCGAAGGAAAGCGGACGACGAAAAAUUGCUCAUUAACGUAUCCGGACGCCGCUUCGAGACUUGGCGGAAUACCCUCGAAAAGUAUCCGGACACCCUCUUGGGCUCAAACGAACGAGAGUUCUUCUACGACGAAGAUAGUAAGGAAUACUUUUUCGAUCGGGAUCCCGACAUAUUCCGGCAUAUUCUUAACUAUUAUCGAACAGGCAAGUUACAUUAUCCUAAGCAUGAAUGCCUUACGAGUUACGAUGAAGAACUUGCGUUCUUCGGAAUACUUCCUGAUGUUAUUGGAGACUGCUGUUAUGAAGAUUAUAGAGAUAGGAAACGCGAAAAUGCGGAAAGACUUAUGGACGACAAGUUGUCGGAAAACGGCGAUCAAAAUCUUCAGCAGCUGACCAACAUUCGGCAGAAGAUGUGGCGUGCUUUUGAAAAUCCUCACACAUCAACUGCUGCACUCGUUUUCUAUUAUGUUACUGGUUUCUUCAUUGCCGUUUCGGUUAUGGCAAACGUUGUGGAAACCGUUCCAUGUGGUAUUAGGCCUGGAAGGGCCGGCCCUCUUCCAUGUGGCGAACGUUACAAGAUUGUCUUCUUCUGUUUAGAUACUGCUUGCGUUAUGAUUUUCACGGCCGAAUAUCUUUUGCGUCUUUUUGCGGCUCCUAAUAGAUAUAAAUUUGUGAGGAGCGUAAUGAGUAUUAUUGAUGUCGUGGCUAUCCUUCCGUAUUAUAUUGGUCUUGGAAUUACAGACAACGACGAUGUGUCUGGAGCGUUUGUGACCCUAAGAGUAUUCAGAGUGUUUCGAAUAUUUAAGUUUUCCAGACAUUCUCAAGGUCUCAGAAUUCUCGGUUAUACUUUAAAAUCUUGUGCUUCUGAGCUUGGAUUUCUUGUUUUCUCGUUGGCGAUGGCUAUUAUUAUAUUUGCAACAGUUAUGUUCUACGCUGAGAAAAAUGUGAACGAAACCAAUUUUACUUCGAUUCCUGCAGCUUUUUGGUAUACCAUCGUCACCAUGACUACCUUAGGCUAUGGAGAUAUGGUGCCUGAAACAAUAGCUGGUAAAAUUGUUGGAGGAGUUUGCUCUCUUAGUGGUGUCCUUGUAAUUGCCUUGCCUGUACCAGUAAUUGUAUCAAAUUUCAGCAGAAUCUACCAUCAAAACCAGAGGGCUGACAAACGCAAAGCUCAGAGGAAAGCAAGACUGGCGCGCAUAAGAAUUGCAAAAGCAUCAUCGGGAGCGGCUUUCGUAAGCAAGAAGAAAGCUGCCGAAGCUCGUUUGGCUGCCCAAGAAUCAGGAAUUGAAUUAGACGACAAUUAUCGUGAAGAAGACAUUUUCGAAUUGCAACAUCAUCACCUGCUCCGUUGUUUGGAGAAAACGACAGACAGGGAAUUCGUCGAGUUAGAAGUGCCGUACAAUGGACAUCCAAAGAGACCAGGAUCUCCAUCUCCGUUAGCAAGUCCAGCACAUUCAGCUGUGUCAAUUGGUCUUUUACAGUCAUGCUGCGGACGAUGCUGCCCUCGUAGGUAUCAACAAGCCUGCGGUAAAUAUAUGCCAGCCGCAGCCGCAGCCCAAAGUAACCAAACCGGAGGCGGAAUGGACGGGACCUAUCUCGUAGAAGCUUCGUUUUAAAAUAAUGGUAACCUUCCGCCCUUGAUAUUCGACUUUUCAUUGUAGAGUGAUGAUAAAAAAAAAUUGAAAAACGAUUAUUAGUUUACGAGACUUAAUUAUUAAUUCUUUACUUUCCAAAACAUUGUUCGCGUGUCGAAGAUGUAGUGCGACUUAUGUGAUAUCGCAUAAUAUAAUUAUAUUUAGGUCUCAAAACGUAAGUACCAAUCGUAGAAAAGUUAGGUAAUAGUUUUGAGCAAUGGUAUUCGAUAUAAUAUACUUACCUUUCAGACUAAUUUUCAAUUAAUGUUAUCCGUUAAUAAUGUAAGUAUAUUCAUUAGGCGUUUUUAUCUUUAAUUAAUUAAACUUUAAUUAUUUAUCGAUUAAUACUGCACAAAUUGGUACACCAGUAUCCGUUUCGUAAAAAAAAAACUAAAAAUAAUACUUAACAAUAAACAGCUUAAGUAGUUAAUAAAAAUCGUAAAUAAAUAAUUACUUUUCUUCAUUAUAAUUUCGUACUUCAUUUAUCCAACCAUUAAAAUCAAACCAGUUAUUAGGGAAACGAGUAAAUCUGUGCAUUUAUUAUUAACUGAACACGAAAAACAUAAUUAGAUACAACAUAUGCCAAUAUUAAAUGUGCUGUGAAUUAACAUUGUCUUCAACUGUACGUACAUGUACUAUCAGUUAUCAAAGUCAUAUAAUCCUUGUUGCACUUACUUAUUUCCUAACGAAGAAUAAUUGUAUUUGAUGCUAUCAUGAUUCUAAUACGAAAUACCUAUUAUACAUACAAGAUAUAAUAUUAACGAUGAAAUGUACCUAAAUGCGUAAAAAUAUUUUUUUAAUGGUAUAAAUAGCUUUAUGGUUUACUUAUCUGUUAUUAAAAAAGUCCUUAUUGAACUUCAAACGGCACAAUAACGAUGGAGUUAUUAUUUAAAUUAAAAGCCCAUGUUUGAUAGUUACCUGCUUUGCAAUCCAAAUUUUGAAAAUAAAAUACGAUAAUUGUUUACAUCUUCAUCCUUUCUACAGGGCUGAAGUUGCGAGAGAUUCUGACGUUUUAGACUAGGGAGGAAAUAAAACAUAUAGGGAGGAAAUAUUUUUUUCGUAUUGGUUAACUAAAGCUAUUACAUACAAAAUAUAAAUAUACGCAAUGGGGUAAUUUUAUUUGAAUAUAAAUUUGUCUUCUUCUCGGUUAAAUAGUUCGUUCGAUUUUCUAUACUGAUUUUCGACAGAAUUAAAAAUUACAGUUGAAAUCAACUCCCACGAACUGUUUCUCCAGGGGAUAUUUUAUACCACCGGUGGGAGGGGCCUCCCCAAUUCCUUUAAAUUAGAACUGCCAUCACCUAAAUUGCCGACGCUAGAUAAACACGGUAAAAAUCCCCGGACACAUCUGAAAAAAUAUUUUCUGCAACAAAAAUAAAAACAUCCUUAUAAUUUUUUAAUUUUUAUUAAUUUAUACAGCUUGUUAUUAAAAUCGAAUUAAGUACGUAUGUAACCGCAACAAAUAAUAGACAUUUUUAAUAUAAUUAAACACUCUUUCAGAGGUAGUAUGG